CGCGGUUGGGAACUGCAGCGGCUACGGUGGGCGGCCUGGCGGAGGCUGACCCUGAGAGUCAGACCCGGACCUGGGCGGGCCGGCGGGCUUCCUGGCUUGCGGGUGUGGGUCCAGCCUGGGCACGGCCUCGGUCCGCCGGCCUCUCUCCAGCAGAGGCGGCCUCGUCGCCGGGGGCUGCUGAGGCGGGACCCCGGCCCUUGGGCCCUCGGGGCGGCGGCUGCCAUGAACUUUUCCGAGGUCUUUAAGCUGUCCGGCCUGCUCAGCAAGUUCUCCCCGGACGGAAAGUACCUGGCUUCGUGUGUCCAGUACCGUCUAGUGGUCCGAGAUGUGAACACACUUCAGAUCCUUCAGCUGUACACAUGCCUGGACCAGAUCCAGCACAUAGAGUGGUCAGCCGACUCUCUCUUUAUCCUGUGCGCCAUGUACAAACGAGGGCUUGUGCAGGUCUGGUCCUUGGAACAGCCAGAUUGGCACUGCAAGAUAGACGAGGGCUCGGCAGGCCUGGUGGCUUCGUGCUGGAGCCCAGAUGGUCGCCACAUCCUCAAUACAACUGAGUUCCAUCUGCGGAUAACCGUCUGGUCCUUGUGUACAAAAUCUGUAUCUUAUAUCAAAUAUCCUAAAGCUUGUCAACAGGGAAUCACCUUCACCAGGGAUGGCCGCUACAUGGCGCUGGCAGAGAGGCGGGACUGCAGGGACUACAUCAGCAUUUUCGUUUGCAGUGACUGGCAGCUCCUGAGGCACUUUGAGACCGACACCCAGGACCUUGUCGGGAUCGAGUGGGCACCCAAUGGCUGUGUGCUGGCUGUGUGGGACACCUGCCUGGAGUAUAAGAUCCUGCUGUACUCCUUGGAUGGCCGGUUACUGUCGACCUACUCUGCGUAUGAGUGGUCCCUGGGAGUCAAGUCUGUGACCUGGAGUCCCAGCAGCCAGUUCCUGGCCAUCGGAAGCUAUGAUGGAAAGGUGCGCAUUCUAAAUCAUGUGACUUGGAAGAUGAUAACGGAGUUUGGGCAUCCUGCAACCGUUAGUAAUCCCAAGAUCGUUGUCUAUAAGGAGGCAGAGAAGAGUCCGAAGCUGGGGCUGGGGGCCCUUCCCUUCCCACCCCCAAGAGCAGCGGCCAGGCCUUUCUCCACCACGGAGACAAAAUACGAGAUCGCCUCCCUGCCAGUCUCUCUGCAGACCCUGAAACCUGUCACCGACAGGGCGAACCCCAGGAUUGGCAUUGGCAUGCUGGCCUUCAGCCCUGACAACUACUUCCUGGCAACAAGGAACGACAAUAUCCCAAAUGCCGUAUGGAUCUGGGACGUCCAGAAGCUCAGGCUGUUUGUGGUGCUGGAGCAGCUGGCCCCAGUGCGUACCUUCCAGUGGGACCCGCAGCAGGCCCGCCUGGCCAUCUGCACAGGAGGCAGCCGCGUCUACCUGUGGUCGCCGGUGGGCUGUGUGUCAGUGCAGGUGCCUGUGGAAGGUGAUUUCCACGUGCUCUCCCUGUGCUGGCAUCUGAGUGGGGACUCCCUGGCCCUCCUCAGCAAGGACCACUUUUGCCUGUGUUUCCUGGAAACUGAGGAAGGGGCUGGCACAGCCUGAGGGCCUGGGCAGCCGUGCUGGGCUGGCCCAGAGCAGCGCUCAGCACCACCCACCAGGGGAAGGAGCGGAGCAUCUCCGGGCUGCUCUAUGACAGUCCACGUUAAAUUAUUUGAUUUUAUUUUUCUCUAGUGAGGCAUUUUUGUAAAUAUGUAUGGUAUAAAACUAAUUUUUAUUACUUAAAAUAAAUAUUUCUAGCUGAUAAGAUCGUGGACGCUUGUUUUCUUGAAGUUUAGGUCUCAGGAAUGUUUUCUAGUUUUGUUUCUGGUUCAUGGUUUUAGGGAAAAUGACCCCCCUAGAGUAACUGAGCCCCAAGUAGCCAGUCUGCACCUCCCCUUUCCCCCAGACAGGCCCCCUGCGUUUGCUCCUUCUCCUCCUUUUGGUUUGCGACUCCUCACACGUGAGCCUGGGUUCCACAUGGGGCAUGUGUAGCCCCCUGUGGGGAGUUUGCUUUAGAGAAGUGGGAGGAAGAGAGCCUGAAGCACCUUGAGGGCUGUGCUCAGACUGGCUGGGAGGGUGAGCUGGACCUGAGCUGCUGGCCAGUCCCUACAAGCAUGGGGCCAAAGUGGGUCCCUAACCACUGAGUCAUUUCUGCAAGAUGUCUGUGUUCACCUAGACUCAAGGAUCAGUGCCACAAAUCCCUGCCUCAGCUGUCCUGCAAUCACAGGAGCUCAUCAGACUACCAACGCCCAGCCCCAUCCCAAAGUACCCCCCUCAAUUCAGGUGCUUCCGCCAGGAAGCCGAGGUGAAAGCCACCAGAGCACCGUUGGGAUUCCAAACUGGGAUCUGCUCAUUAUCCUUGUUUAAGGCUGGGCAUCACCUGUCCCUUUGCAAAGAGAACGGGUCAGUUAGUACCAUCCUACGAAUUUGGAAUGUCCACGGCUAUCAGUGCACAGCAAGCUGACAGGUUUACAAAGCUCCUCCAGAA